AUGCCUCGGUUUAGUUUCCCUGUACCGAGGCGGAGGCAGAAACAAGCGGCAGCUUCAGUCAUUUCGCCUCCGCUGAACAAGGUCCAGAAAUUUCUGGGAACAGCUGAGAUAAACGUUGAUGCCUAUGCAAGCCAAGAAGCUGAUGCUGCGAGAAAUUGGGACGCCAGGUCGGAUUCCUGUAUCAGUAUAUCCCUCUCUGAGAGCAGUGUCGACCAAGACGACAGUGUCCUCGACAGAGCCUUGUCAAGCUUGGUCGAAAAUAGGGUUGUCAACAGCACGACGUACUGUCAGCCUUUAUUUGAUGAGGAGUCUGGUGUUUUGCCAAGAAAUAAAAAAGAUCCUUGGUUUGGCGACAUCGCCAGAAAUACACCUGAUGAGCGGUCUACUACAGAUGCUUCCAGUCUUCGUCGGCAACAGUCGAGCUCCACCAUCACCUCCUAUUAUGACAAGUCCAAAGUCCCUCUGAUCAUUUCACAGCAGACAUCGAGCUCUGCUAUGGCAAAGGGGCUACCGCAAAAGGCUAGUGAUCUUCUCGAUAUUAGUGGCACUAUUGCCAACGACGACAAGCAAAAGUCAAGGCCGCCUAAGCUCGACCUGUCGAACCUUUUUCCGCGCCAGAAGCCAUCGAAUCCGGUAUUAGCUGUAUCGUCAUCCGAGCGGGGGUUCGUGUUGGGGCCCGAUGUGGUGACCCGAUCCCCUUCAUUUCUAUCUAGCUCUCGUCUGGAGUACGCGCCUAGACACAUUGAUGACUAUCGCAACGAGAAGAAGCUACAGAAACGGCCCAGCAAAGGCUUAGUACGCCGCGAUCCCACCAAUCACCUAGGUUUCAAGUGCGGGCAACCGAAACACCAGGGCAUGUCUGAACAGGAGGCCGGCGGGCUGCAAAACCUCUACGAACAUUACGAGCAGAUGUCUAUCCGGGAUACUAUUGCACAGGAGCACAUCUCCGUUUCGGAUAUGCCGGAAAUCAUGCCUGAAGAACGGCCCUUGGAAAAGGACUGGCUCAGAAAAGCGGCUAUAUCCCAAAUUGACUAUGCUUUCCAACUUCCAAAAAAAAUCAGUUUCACGUCUUCUGCCAGGGACAUGGCAAUGCCAAAUCUUGUAUCGAUACCAAGAACAGAUAAGGAUGGCGUACCGGGUCUCUACUCGCCGGUUGAUUGUUCAGAAAGUGUCUCGAGCCGCCAGACCCGGACUUCAAAAGCUUCUAGGCAGACGUCGCGGAGUCUGUUAGAUGCCGACCUUCAACAAACCAGUGUCCUUUCUCUUUCAUCUGAUUCAGAGGAUGGCUUUCUAAGUAAAAAAAAGGUCUUCGUUCCCGCUAUCAGAAAGUCGCUGCCAACAAAAAAGGACACUCAGGCUUCGGACGAUCACCAAUCUCUGAAUUCUCGCAGCGCAUCUUUCGCGAAGAAAUGGAGGAGCCGACCUAGAAGCACAGAGCCUGUAUCGUGUGGUCAAAACAGCCAUAUGUCAUUUCUCUCAGUAAAAUCAUCUCCGUCUGCGGAUAGACAGCCACGGGCCGCCAAGCCACCAUGCCCAAGUGCUGCUUCGGUCUCUACAGCCCACACUGCGAAACAUACUGCCGUUUCCCUUCGUUCCUCUUCGCACACAUCCAGGGCCUCGGCUUCGUCUAGCAACACCACCAGCUCCCUGGUCCCGCCCAGCUACACCGUCCAAGAGGCUCGGGCUAUCACUUUGGUUCCCGCACAGGGUGCUUCUUGCACACCGCCUUCAACACAAGAUGGCAACUUGCCAUCUGACCAGAUGACACCGCCUCUUUCACCAACGAGUGUUGAGUUUUGCCUGCGACCAGACUUUGAUCAAGGUUCUGUGUAUUCGGGCCACAGUUUUGGCACUGUUGGCUCUAGCCGAAGUGGCAGUAGCACUUAUCGUCACGUCAUGACUGUGACUCGACAAGAGGAACUUCUCCUGGAAGCGCUGCGACGGAAGAAAAUGACGAUGCGGGAAGCUAUCAUAUCCCAGUAUGAAAAAAGUCAGGAGCAGGAACUGGCCGUACCGCGGCCACCUCGCCGCUGCAGUAGCAACUCGACAUUUGAGCUACAAGCAGUGCGGCUAAAAUCAGCAGAUCGAAGUUCCGCUAGUUCCAGGGACCUCCCCUUGCACUUUGAAGGUGGCAGUACCGUCGGGGGCCAGUCUGUUCACAUCUUUGACGGCGAACAAAGCUCUAUGAACUAUUCGAUGGAGCUUGAUGAUGGGUGUAGCGGAAGCGUUGAGAGCUCUGAUUCGUAUCUGUUUUAUACACCAGCUGACCCGUCGCCAAUUGGUCCACCUGCUACCGAUCAUCACGAGAACCGAGCCCUGCGCGCAUCCAUGGCUGGUGGUCGGCAUGGCACCAAGCCUCAUCGGCAGGUUUUCGAUGAUAUGCAAUUUCACGGCCCCUUACACUCCUUGGAUGACAGCAUUGAUGUCCACAUUUUGGAUGAACGCGGCGAAAUUCUUCUUGAUCGAAGCAGCGGCACAGAUGAGGGUCUGCCUGGAAUUCCUCGUCCGGACUCUCCACUCGAAGCACAGUUACCUCUCCCACGAAAAAAAAGACUUCGUAUCAGUGCUGUAGGCCGACCUGGGAUGGGACCGAGAUGGUAG